AUGGCGCCGUCAAUUCCCCUCAACAGGCGUCACACGCUGAAUCUCGAAGACUACUUCGCUGGCCCGCGAAACAUGGACAAGCACUCCAAGUGGCCCCUGUUCAUGCAGAUGCACGGCAGCAUCUUGCCCAAGAUGAUUGUGCCUCUCAUCUGGAUGUCCGCCUGGAGUGCUUGCGUCACCUGCAUCUAUGAGGUAGCAAAGAAGAACAUCGCCGUCAACUCCAUCCUCCUGACGGUUUUGGGUUUCGUCGUCUCCACCGGUCUCAGCUUCCGCGGUUCCACAGCAUACGAGCGUUAUGCUGAAGGUCGUCGUUUCUUCGCGACCCUGGUUACCUCAUCACAGGCUCUUGGACGAAUCUUCUGGAUCCACGCCAAGGUCCUCCCUAACGUGGACGUCCGCAAGCAGAUGCUCUACAAGAUCAGCGCCAUGAACCUGGUUGUCGCUUAUGCUAUUUCCCUCAAGCACAGCUUGCGUUUUGAGCCUUACACCGCGUACCAGGAUAUAGAGCAUCUGGUCGGCCAUCUCGACACGUUUGCCAAGUCUGCCACCUCCACCAUGCCCCUCAAUGGCGGCGUUGGAAAGAAGAACUUCUUCAAGUCCAUUGGAGACUACCUCGGCCUCUCCUUUGCCGCUAGCAACCCUCGAAAGCAGCUCAAGAAGGCAGAGAAGCCCCUUGGAAACCUGCCCCUCGAAAUCCUCAACCACCUUGCUGUCACCAUUGACGACCUGGUUAGCAGAGGCCAGCUCCCUGUCCCCAUGCAGCAGACCUUGGCUUACAACAACCUUGCCGCCCUCAACGACGCCUACACCGGCUGCCAGCGUGUCUUGAACACACCUCUCCCCAUCGCUUACGGCAUUCUGUUCCAGCAGAUCACAUGGCUCUACGUCGUCUUACUCCCCUUCCAGAUGGUCGCUGUGCUCCACUGGAUCACCAUUCCCGCCACCACCGUCGCGUCUUACAUCAUUCUCGGCCUCCUCUUCAUUGGCCAGGAGAUUGAGAAUCCCUUUGGCCACGACGUCAACGAUCUUCCCCUCGACAGCUACUGCGAGCAGAUUGCUCUUGACAUGGACAUCAUCGCCUCGCACUCCAACUACAAGCCCGAGGACUUCUUCUUUAGCUCCGAGAACGUUCCCUUGUGGCCCGUCAGCGGUGCCGCCGCUGACACCUGGCUUCAGCGAAGCGAGUCUAAGCUGGCAGAGACCAUCAGGACCAAGCCCAACAAGACGUUUGAGUGGCGACGCUGGAGGGGCGAUAAGCUUGGUGACGAGGAGUCUGCCAAGAACGAUUAA